GAAUCCACUGCCGCACCUCCACUGCAUCCCCUGAAGCAGCUUAUGGGACCCUUCCCUGGGCACCUCUGCCCCAGGACACACCGCAUGGGAUGGCAAUGACACGUGGAAAGAAGAGACCCAUGUUGCUCAUCCCUUUCCUCAUCCUCACAGCUGCUAGCUGCUUUGCCAGACUGAGUGAAUCUCUUCAGGUUACAGUGCAACCUGCCUCCAUUGUCCAAAAGCUUGGGGGCCCAGUCAGCCUGGGGUGUGUGGUGGACCCCUCCGGGGUGAACCUCACCUGGAGACUGAACGGGAAGGAGCUGGCUGGAUCGGAUGAGCUGCUGGGUAUCCACAUUGAGCAAGGGAAACUCGUCAUCACGGCUCUCAACAACCACACGGUGGGGCGAUACCAGUGCAUUGCUCGUGUGCCCGAAGGAGUGAUUGCCAGUGUCCCUGCAGUGGUCACCUUAGCUAAUCUCAAAGAUUUCAAGUUUGAUGGCCAGCACGUGAUCGAGGUGGAUGAAGGGAACACAGCUGUGAUCGCCUGCGACCUGCCUGAAAGUCACCCCAAGGCUCAGGUCCGCUACAGCGUGAAGCAGGAGUGGCUGGAGGCCUCCCGAGACAAUUACCUUAUCAUGCCAUCUGGGAACCUUCAGAUUGUCAACGCCAGCCAGGAGGAUGAAGGGACUUACAAGUGUGCUGCCUACAACCCUGUGACGCAGGAGGUGAAAACUUCGGUCUCCAGCGAGAGGCUCCGUGUGAGAC